AUCAGCUUCCCCCAUAUCGUCUCGCGGUCUCUGUUCAAAACACACAACCGACCACCGAACAUCACUUCUCUUGCAACCAGGCCUCAACGUUGUAGCAGUAAUAACCCGAAAACCGAGACAAAGGAGGCUUUUCAGUGGUUUCAAGUUGUUUUAAUUCCCACAAUGGCAGAAGGAGGAGAUGUGGAAUGGGAGCUUUGCAAAGAAAACAUCCAGCCACUUCGGCGGGGCAGAGGCAUAUCAGUCUUGCAUCAGGCACUCAGUCAACAACAGGAUGGACUCAGCACUGCCAUAAACCAGCAGAGACAAGCCUUUGAGUCUGAGCUGCGAAUGUAUGAUGGAGAGGAUCCACUUGAUGUUUGGGAUCGAUACAUUAAGUGGAUUGAGCAGACAUUCCCACAGGGAGGAAAGGAAAGCAAUCUCGCCACGGUGCUUGAAAGAGUUGUGACCAAAUUCACUGAGGAAAAGAAAUAUCAGAACGACCCGCGCUAUGUAGACCUCUGGAUUAAGUUUGCGGAGAAUUGCCCUGAGCCCUUGGAUAUUUACAGGUACAUGCAAGCGCAAGGAAUAGGAGUCACUCAGGCAUCGCUCUACAUUGCUUGGUCUGAGGAAUAUGAGAAUCAGGGGAACUGCCGCAAAGCAGAUUUGGUCUUCCAGGAGGGAUUCAAGAAGUGUGCUGAGCCACAUGAGAAGCUCCAGCAGUUUCAUAAGGCUUUGCAAGCACGUGUGUCCCGGCAGGUGAUGAUGAAUGUGGAGGAGGAUGACAGUGAUGAUGAGCCUAAACAACCUGAGAGAUGUUCUCUUGCUGACCUCAAACACAGAGGGAAGAAGAAAGCUAUCGCUCCUGUCAACAGAACUGGUUCUGCAAUCAAAAGUGUUUCUGGAGGCCUGCAGUCACAAGGCACCCCCGUCUUUGGCAAUGCUUCAAACAGCCGGCUGGUGGUCUUUGAUGAGAACAAGGCUCAAAGUGCCGGCCCCUCAGAACCUAGGCUGGAAUCGUGGGUGGCCCCCCCCACUUCUAGGGCGAAGGAGAACGAACAGAGGCCAGAGAGAUGGUGCGAUGUCAAGAUGCCCCAGAAGUCAAAAUUUGGACGCACUGUUAUGGCUCCACCGCCUCAAAAGCCCACCUUUCAACCAUUUGUUGAGGAGUUAGAUCAGCCUCCCAUCAUGACUCCAUGUAAGAUCAACCCAGCAGUGAACACAGUUUUAUCGUCCCGUAAGCCCUGCAGAGAGGAAACUCCUCUAAAGAGACUACAAGAGCACCAUCAGCAACAGAAGGAAGCAGAGUCAGGAAAACGACAGGAGCAGAGUAUGUACUGCAAGGAGCUGCUGCUCAGUGGCGCCACUGAGUUCUGCUUUGAGGAACUGCGGGCUGAACGCUACUUUAAAAAGACUGUACAGGACUCUCAGGAGGUCAGAGGUGAACAGGAUCAAAUGAGUGCCAGUGGUCCCAGUGCAUGCUAAGAAGACAGUUAUUUUUACUGUAUUUUUACUUUCUUUUAGACAUGUAUUAUGUAACUACUGCUGUGUGUCUUUUGCUGUACUCCUGUAAAUAUUUUGUCCAUUGGGAUCUAGUUCUCUGAAAUGUCAAAAGACAAAACGGGUACAGCUUUUUGAAAUCCUGUUAGCAGACGUCACAGUAUUGUUGUGUGAUGGAUUCACUGAAAUACAGCUGGUGGAUCAAACAAUUGGAUCAUCUGUACUGUGUGAUUGAAGCCAGUACAAAACACAGCAAACAGAGGACAACAAAGACUUCAUCUUUACAUUUCCAACACAGUUUAGUCUUGAAAUACUGAAACUACUACUCCUUGUAUGUUUUAUGGUAACUUGCUGUACAUUGCUUUUCUACAACAGCUCAAUUCUCUUUCUACUGGCUUUUGUACCUGAUUUCCCUCUUUAAUCCAUUCAUCAAAUUUUCUUAACUGGUUUCUCAAGAGCUGUUUUUUAUGUGCCGGCUCGUUAAGUCUUGUUUUUUGAACAACCUCUGAAAGAGGGCUUUAGUGAGGGGAUUUGAUCUGUUUUUAUAAUGUCCCACUUUAAGUGUAAUGUCCCUCAAGGCCAUUUUUCAUUGAUGUUCAAUAAACUUAUAUGUUUAAAUGUC